AUGGGCCUCUUCAAAUCUCUCAAGGGGAAACUCGACGUCGGCACCGAUGACCCCACGCAAUCCAGCAGCCAGGACCAGUACAACACAUGGUCGACAUCACAGGAGAAACAUAGAAUAUUCGGACGGAGCGAUGAGGACCCUCAGUUUUCGACAUCAAACACAAGCCACGGUCGAGCUGGUGAGGGACCAUACGCACCUCCGCCAGGCCCGCCACCGUCUCAGCGGCGCGGGCAAGGCGGAGGCCAGGAAUUCGCUCCCCCACCAGAUCCUCCACCGUCUCAUCGACAGAAUCAAACGUAUGGCGGCGAAAGUGUCGAUGGCUAUGCUCCUCCCCCCGGCCCUCCUCCCUCACAGCGCCAUCAUCUACCGUCAAGCAAUAACGCCGAUGGCGACGAGGAAUUCGCUCCACCACCCGGCCCGCCGCCGUCUCAAUCUCCCAAGGAUAGUAAUCCACCGCCGUACCACGACUGGACCGUGAUCCCGGACACAGCGCUCCUCCCUCCCCCUCCGCCCUUGCCGCAAGACUACUCACCAACGAACAAUGCAAGCUACGUCUCAGCGGCCCGGGCCCAUGAAUGGUGCAUGCGACACCCGGUUUUCACGCCUUCGAUGCCCGCACCGGAGAUCUACGCGACUGUCGCGCGCGGAGAGAUGGCGCUCGAGAAACCGCCUCCCGCACUGACGGGCCGAGGGUUCACGUUGCGGCGCGAGGGCGGCCUGACAUCAAGCACAUGGCGAAUCAAAACGGGACCCACGCAACAAGACGCAGUCACCAUGUCCAGUCUCCCCAUGUACUUCGCGGCUGUAGAUAACCCGGCCCGCACCCGUCGGCAGAAGACCAUCUACUUUGAAAUCACCGUGCGAGGGAUUGCCAACGCAAACUCUGGCGUCGCCAUCGGCUUUGCAGCCAAGCCUUACCCGCCGUGGCGUCUACCGGGCUGGCACCGCGCGAGUAUCGGGGUGCACGGCGACGAUGGGCGGAGAUUCGUCAACGAUGCCUGGGGCGGGCGCGACUUCGUCGAUGCCUUCCAACCGCAUCAGACUAUUGGGGUGGGCAUGACGUUUUCGACGCAGCAAGUUUCAGGAAAUACAGUCAAGACGUCUGCAUUCGUCACGAGAGAUGGGAGAACGGAUUUUGAGCGCUGGCGCUGGGAAAUUGACGAGGAGCGCGAUGAACGUGACGAGGGCGUCGAUGGGCUCAUGGGCGAAGGCGACUUGUAUGCUGCUAUCGGUGUGUUUGGCGGGGUCGAGGUCGAUGUCAAGUUCAGAGACGGCUUGGAUUGGAGGCCUGAGGUUUGA